UUUCGGGCGCGGCGCCGGCAGAACCGCGGGACUGCAGCUCCGGGCUGCCCGCGCCAGCAUGAAGGACCGGCUGGAGCAGCUGAGGGCGAAGCAGCUGACACAGGAUGAUGAUACUGAUGAGGUUGAGAUCUCGAUCGACAACACAGCCUUCAUGGAUGAAUUCUUCUCUGAGAUUGAGGAAACUCGACUCAACAUUGACAAGAUCUCGGAGCACGUGGAGGAGGCAAAGAAACUCUACAGUAUCAUUCUCUCUGCACCCAUUCCGGAGCCAAAAACCAAGGAUGACCUCGAACAGCUCACCGUGGACAUCAAGAAAAGGGCCAACAGUGUCCGGAACAAACUCAAGAGUAUGGAGAGGCACAUUGAGGAAGAUGAGGCCCGGUCGUCAGCUGACCUUCGCAUUCGGAAAUCCCAGCACUCUGUCCUCUCCCGGAAGUUUGUGGAGGUGAUGACCAAAUACAAUGAGGCACAGGUGGACUUCCGUGAACGCAGCAAAGGGCGAAUCCAGCGGCAGCUUGAAAUUACUGGGAAAAAGACUACAGAUGAGGAGCUGGAGGAGAUGUUGGAGAGUGGCAAUCCUGCCAUCUUCACUUCCGGGAUCAUUGACUCGCAGAUUUCCAGGCAAGCCCUCAGUGAGAUUGAGGGUCGGCAUAAGGACAUUGUAAGGCUGGAGAGCAGCAUCAAGGAGCUCCAUGACAUGUUCAUGGACAUCGCCAUGCUGGUGGAGAACCAGGGUGAGAUGUUAGAUAACAUAGAAUUGAAUGUCAUGCACACAGUUGACCAUGUGGAGAAGGCACGAGAAGAAACUAAAAGAGCUGUGAAAUAUCAGGGUCAGGCCCGGAAGAACUUGGUUCCACUGCAGCCUGGUGUGGCCACCCUUGUCUUCAGAUGGGAGUGGAAUCUGAUUGGCCUUCCUGAGAGCCAGGGGGACCCAUCCCUUUCUUUCCUUGUAACCUUCCUUGGACCUGACUCAGCAGCCCUGGAGGAAGCUCAUCUACCUGAUGGCAGCCCUGAGGUCUCCUCAAAGCCCCAUCUUGCCCGAGCAACCAAAGUGCCUUCCCUCCCGGACUGCCUGAACCCACCCAGCUUGCUCCUUCCCUGUGUCAGGUUGUGCCCUGUACCUUGGGAAGCCAUGUGAGACUGUCCCCAGGUACUACAUGUUCUACCUCAUGGAGUGUUCUGUACCCAGAACUUGCGAUGUACUUUCUAAGGGGAGUGUCUUAACAAAGCAGAGGGUCUCCUGUAGCUUUGGCAACAACAGGGCUUGGCUCAGUCUUCAACCUGGCAGGAGGCCAGUUUUCAGACUGUUGUCCUUAUGUCCUGGAAACAGGAGGGACCAGCAGAUGCCAUUUUGGUUUGGAAAGUUGACUGCUUUGAAAUUAAGCUCUUACUAAGCUCAACUUGGGGGCCAGGUUCCCCUUCCUGUGUUGUAUUCUUUCAUGUUUACUCAGAGGAAUCAGGAUGAUACAGUCAUCUGAGGCUAUCUUUUGCAAAGGUGGAGGGAAUGGGAUGUUUCCCUAUCCGAGUCUUGGAAAGUCAGUGCUCACUGUUAGAAAGUGCUUCUUUGUGAAGCCUUUGAUGCGAGGCCAAAAAUAACCAUGGAUUUAAAAUUGGACUGGAGACAGGUGCUAGUCUGAGGCUCUGGAAUGUUUAAUGAGACUGUGUGAGUACUGAGUCACUUAGGUGUUUCAGGUGUACUUUUAUAACUGUGUGAGACUCAUGUACCUAUGUGUGUCUCUCUCUCAGGAAGUAGGAAAGUAGAAGUGACCUCAAAAAACCCAACCAAUCAAACACAAAAAGUCACUUUGAACUAGGCUAAAAAUUAGGUAAGAAACAUUUGCUUUCCUCCAAAUGUCACUGUAGGACGAGGAUCUCCCAUGUUACCAAGGAACUUGUUUUCUAGAUGAGUACUGGGACAAUCCAGUGGCCUCUUUGGAGCGAGGACUGAGUUGGUGCCCAGACAUUUUUCUGCGUAGCAGACGGAGGGUGUAAUGUUUGGCACCUCCCUGCAGCUGCUGCUUGAGGCUUGUCUGGAGACUGUCCACAGCAAUCUGGCAUUAUGGACAGGACCUUUGGGAUGUCCUCUCUCUGGGGCUCAGGCAGCUGGGACAGACCAGACUGCAGAGUGGCUCUUCCUGCUCUGGGUGAAUGAGAUUUAUAGGUUCUUCGUUUCCUCCAGUUCUUAUCACAGGGGAAGCAACAGCCAGGAAAUCCCGUGGUGACUGCUCAUGCUCUGGCGGGCCCCUCGGGUCCUUGCUGGUCUCAUCCAGUCUCCCCAAUUUAGGUGCGAGCUGUAUUUCAGCGCUGACUUUAAUGGUCUCCAGGACCGGGCGAGUACUGCCCACCAGCUUCCUUUGCAAAGGUUCCUCAUUCCCGGCACUCAGACAGAGCCACAGGGGUGCCCUCCUCUCCGUGGUUAUGAUGUCUGACAGGGACUGGUCCAGCAACAAGGAGGGAGACAAACUAAUCCCAGGCCUUGGCUCCCUUCUGAGAUGAGGCCUGGUGCUUAAAGUUUGGAACACGGCAUGUGAAGGGUUUUUCUUGUUUGUAUUUUUUUAAAUGUAAACUUGAUUAUUUUAUUGCUAAUUUAAAAAUAAAUGACUUUAUAUUGAUUGUGAAA